GGUCUCGGGUGUUUUUCUUUUUUUUAGUUCGCCGCGGUGGCUGAUGGGAUUGCUCCGCCGCUAGUGUGGACAUGUCCGCCAUGUUUUACACAGCGCAGGGAGCAGAGCCGCCCAGAGAAGCAGCCCGGACGUCCCGUUAAACGCACACACUGAUGAGUCCUCCCGCCGGUUACCGGAGCUGCCGACACCGAUGAGCUCGACGGCGAAGGACAAAGUCGCGUCCGAAGCGGAUUCACGUCAGCGUCGGUGCGGAUCUGUGGCGGACUGUCGCUAAUUUGGCGCAAACAAUGAGUAAACUCUCGUUCCGGGCGCGGGCGCUAGACGCCGCCAAACCGCUCCCGGUUUACCGAAACAGAGACCUGCCGGACCUUACCGACUGCGUGUCUAUCAGUCGGGCCGUCCCGCAGAUGCCGACCGGGAUGGAGAAGGAAGAGGAGCAGGAGCACCACCUGCAGAGGGCGAUCUCAUCGCAGCAGGUGUUCAGGGAGAGGAAGGAGAACAUGGUGAUCCCCGUCCCUGAAACCGAGACCAACGCCACCUACUACGAGCGUCUGUACAGAGGAGAGGUCAAAGUCCCCAAGCAGCUCAUCCACAUACAGCCUCUGAGUCUGGACCUGGAGCAGCCAGACUACGACCUGGACUCCGAGGACGAGACGCUGCUUAACAGACUGAACAGGAAGAUGGACAUCAAACCUCUGCAGUUUGAGACCAUGGUGGACCGACUGGAGAAGGCCAGCACGCACCAGCUGGUGUCUCUGUCGGAGGCCAAGCUGCUGCUCAACGAGGACGACUACCUGCUGAAGUCUGUGUACGACUACUGGCUGAGGAAGAGGAAGAACUGUCGAGGUCCGUCGCUGAUUCCUCACGUCAAACAGGAGAAGAGGGAUGGAUCCACCAACAACGACGCCUACGUGGCCUUCAGGCGGAGGACCGAGAAGAUGCAGACCAGGAAGAACCGUAAGAACGAUGAGGUGUCGUACGAGAAGAUGCUGAGACUGAGGCGAGAGUUCAGUCGCACCGUCACCAUCCUGGAGAUGAUCAAGCGGAGAGAGAAGUCCAAGCGAGAGCUGCUGCACCUCACGCUGGAGGUGGUGGAGAGGAGGUAUCAGAUGGGAGACUUCAGUGGAGAAGCUCUGACAGAGGUGUCCCUCCCUCUGGUGGACAAACCGCUGUACUGCACUCCAGUGCCUCUAAUCAACGGCAACAGACACAAAGCUGACAUCAGGAUGAAGGUGCAGAAGAAGCAGGACUCGGUCAGAGACGAGCUUCCCUUCGACCUGAUUGGCCCAAAGAAGAAGAACAUUGGGCAGGACAGACUGUGUCCUCCACAGAGACGUGCCGGUCGGCCUCCCGGUCCCUUCACCGUCAACAAGGCCGACAUCAAACAGUACGACUUCCACAGCUCGGAAGAAGACGAGAGUCCGGCGCCGCCGUCUCCUCCGUCCUCACCCGAUGCAGAGAAUAAUCCUGAGGAGGUUUUUGUGUUCAGGAGGAAAGCUGGCUGUCAGUACCUCCCUCCAUGUGCGGAGCCAACGGGUGGAGCUGAUCACUCGGAGCUCCUCCCUCAGUGUGUCCGUCACUCUCUGACUGAACUGACUCCUCAUUGGACGGGACUGAGCCGGCGCAGGAUGGGACGAGGGGGCAGGAUCAUCCUGGAUCGGGCCUCCUCAGGACUGGAUCCAAUGCUGAGGCAGAUGAAUUCUUUAACACAACCGGUCUGCAGGACCAGGACCAGUAGCUGCCUCUUCAGUGAUCCAGUAAGGCUGGAGCAGAAACUCUCCCUGACUGACAUCCUGAACAACAUCCAGACCCUGAGGAGGUUCUGCUACAGACCCAGACUGGUUCAGGUCCACAGUGAGGUGGACAGGAGGACCACAGAGUCCUCAGACCCCAGUAGACUCAGCUGUUGCCUGUCAGCUGUCAACACAUCAGGAUCAGCAGGGGGCAUCACAGAGGAGCAGUACCACAGUCACCAGCAGCAGCUGGUCCAGAUGCAGAAGCAACAGCUGGAGCAGCUGCAGAACAACGCGGCUCCGUGCAGGCAGACGGCGCCGCGCCUCACACAGUCCACCAGAUCCACUGAGUCCGGUUCAAAGCCUCUGGACUCGGCCAGCGCUCAGUUUGCAGCCUCAGCUGUGGUCAGCGCUCCUCCUCGUGGUCACAUCAGUGAGACCAAAGCCUACAGGACCGGCGUCAAUGGAGUCCACCGUCCUUCAGGUCCCUCCAGGCCUCCGUACUCUCGGGGGUCACUGUCCUCCUCCCCUCAGUCCCUCCCCAGCCACAGGAGCCAGGUGGGAGCCGUCUCCCCCGUCCACUCCCACACUGCUCGACCCUCAGCCCCCCCAACGUCUGCCUUAAAGCUCGCCGCCGUCGCUGCCAGCCUCGACCGGGUGCCCAAAGUGUCCCCCGCAAGAGACGCACGUGAGCCAGAGAGACUGCUGAACGGACUGUCGGAGACCACGCUGCCCAUGGAGGUCACAUAGCAUCCCAUCAUGCCCUGCUCCUCCUGUCUGACCGGUGAAUGUGACACGCCGUGACCUCCAGAGGAAGAAGAAGAAGAAGGUGUGACGACGUGGUCGUUUCCUGAGCGUGGAUGUUGUUAUUGUACAGUUUGUAAAUGUCUGGAUGUAAAUUAGCUUUUGUUUGUCUCAUCGGUUCACUUUCUGAAGCUGAUUAUCAUCAUGUGACUGCAGAAUCAACUCUGAUUGGUCAACUCCGUGAUGAGCCCGUGUCUUCACUCUGAUUGGUUAUUUAUUUGUCAUGUUUACAUUUUGUAUUUCUUUAAAGAUCAGAACUCGAGUCCUGAAACUGAUUUAAUUUCACAGGUUUAAAGAUGUUUUUGUAAUGUCUGGGUUGAGUUGUUUUUUAAAUGUUUGUCAAAGAACUUCACGGCCUUCUGAUGAUUCAAAGCCACAUUACAAUGAAAAUAUGCAUCCUGUAAAGAGACGCAGUUUUUAUAUUUUUAACUUGUCAGACGGACGAUCAGACGCGUGUGAAGUGAAGCUGACGGAUCUCACUGCUCUGUUUCUGCCCUUCAGUGAAUCAUGUGGAGAAGAAGUGUGUGUGUGUGUGUGUGUGUGUGUGUGUGUGUGUGUGUGCGCGGGCUGGUUCACGCUCUGUUUGUUUCGGAUACAAAAUGCUGAGAAAUAAAAACAUCGAUGCAGACUGA